GUAGAUUUAAUGCGUCUUGUGUCAUACAAACGGGUUUUGGCAAACAAUUUUCCUCCACGAUCAGAACCCUUCGCCGCCCCCUCCGAUGUAUUCCUCCGCCAUUUUCGACGGCGAAUGAAGUAAUGCGGGCUCAAAGAUAACCUAUAUUCAACCUUCAGUUCCUUCGCUGCUUCGCCCUACUCAAAAUCUCUGAUUGUUAGCCAACAAGCGCACACUUUGGGAAAAACAUCCCUUCAUUCUUUCCUCCAAGAAGAUCCAAAGGGCUAAGGGGUUUUGGGGUGUAAUUUUCUCCAGCUUGUUUUUGCAAUCAACAAUAUGCCAAUCAAAUGGGUUUUACACUGGCAGCCAAAUGCAGGCACAACAGUCAACACUCAAAUACUAACAGAAGUAUCUCAGUGUGUUGAGAGUAUAAAUGGCGUUAAAGAAGGAAGGUGGAAAGCUACUCUUAGCUUCUACAAACCCAUGCUCCGAGUAGAACAAGCAAAUGCAUUGGAGUUUCCCCGUGAUUUUUUGGGUAUUUCGCUUCAAGAACAGCCCAACAAGUAUUAUUUUGUAAUUAGAGGGCAACGGUUGAUCUUGGAAGCAGAGUCAUCAAUUCAGACGAUAAUGGAGAAGUUGCAGUCUUACAAAACAAGGGUUGCACUUAAUUUUGAGGGGUUUCAAUAUCAACUUGGUGACUUCCAGCUGCGAGUGGGCAAAGUUGUUCCAAUCCACUCUGAGAGCUUGAGGGGAAUAGUUAUGGAGAUGGAAUAUCUUCCAAUUUCCUCAUGGGAGAAAUCACACCAGAUUAUGGGUGAAUUCUUUGACAUAUGGCAGGAAGCUCUUGCGAAAAGAUCAUUACCAGGUCAUUUCGUGCACAUUGAACCGAAUUUUUCAGAGUUUGGACUCUCUGAUGAAUAUACUUCACAGCACACAGCUGUACAGUAUGCUAGCAUUAUGGCUCAAAUGAUAGCUACAGCUCAAUCAGCACAAGCUGUGAGAAAUUAGGUUGUAGCAUAAAAUUCUGCUGACAAUAUAAGAUUUUAGCCCUGUACCUGUUAUAUUCUCAAUACAAAAAGAUAAAGCAAUGAUUUUCCUUUAGCUUCAAA